UUACCUAUCUCUGCGCCUGCGAUAAGAAACACAGAAAAACAAAAUGGCGGACGAAGAAAUAAAAACUGUCAAACAACUUAUAGCAGAAAAAGAUGCCAUAGAGCAAGAAAUUAAAGAGUUUCAAGAUGUCCUGGCUUCUCAAAAAAACGUGGGAAUGGAGGAAAACUUGAUUGAUGCGGAGGGCUACCCAAGGGAUGAUAUCGAUGUGUACACCGUCAGAAUAGCGAGGAAUAGAAUUAUUUGUCUACAGAAUGAUCACAAGGCGAAAAUGAAAGAAAUCGAGGAAGGCCUUCAUAAAGUGCAUGCAAAAGCAAAGGAAAACAAAAGGGAGAAUGAAACAGGACAGGCUUCUACUGAAAGCAGAGAUGUUAAUCUAACACCAUUCCUGAGAGUGGAAUCAGUUACUCCCCACUCACCAGCCGCCAAAGCGGGCCUUGAGGUUGGUGAUAACAUUCUCAAAUUUGGUUCCUUGAGUGCCCAGAAUUUUCAAGGGCUGCAGAAUAUUGCCUCAGUUGUACAACAUUCUAAAGGGAUACCAUUACAUGUCACAAUACAAAGGGAGGACAAAAGAAAGAAUAUAAGUCUGACUCCAAAUACUUGGCCAGGAAAAGGCUUGCUAGGAUGCCAUAUUGUUCCAAUCAAGUGAGAAGAAAAGAAACAAAGAUUACAAUAAAGAAAUGAUGCCCCUUU